CAACGGCGUCGUUCCUCCAUCUCCCUCUAUAUAUACCCCCUCCCACUCACCAGUCCCAACCAAAAAACCAAAGCCUCUCCCUCCAAAUCCCACACAUAACAACAUAGCCACCAAUUUUCUCGAGAAACAAACAGAAAGUAGAGAGCUCAGACCUCAGAGAAAAUCUUAUCCAAUCCAAUCCAGUACUAAUUAUCUUAAAAAUUGAAAAUGCCAAAAAAAGGAAUGAGGAGCCUGUGCUUUCACUCCAAAUCCCCGUCGUUCGCCGCCUACUCUUCUUCCCCUUCUAGACCCUCCUCCGUCUCAUUCCCAACCCCACGGCGUGUCCCCGUAACGAACUUCACCGACGCAAUGAUCGAGGAUAUCAUCGGGAACGCCGCCGUUUUGGUCAUGAAGUGGAACCCGGAGACUUCGACAUACGCCAAGGUCACCUCUCUCUUCUACGAGAGCAAAAAGGAAGCGCAGCAGUUUAUCAGGUGCGUGACGGAGCUUCAGAAGGCCAUGCACUUCCUCGUAUCGGAGGACCCCACCUCCGAGAAAAUAGUACACGCGCAGAGCCUCAUGGAGAUCGCAAUGAAGCGGUUGCAGAAAGAGUUCUACCAGAUCCUAUCCAUGAACCGAGCCCAUUUAGACCCGGAAUCGGUCUCGACCAGGUCCAGAUCCUCCGUCACGUCUGCCCGGUCCAGCACCUCCGAUUACGACGACGGCGGCGCAACCACAGACGACGACGUGCGAUUCGCCGGGGAAUCCAUCUCCGAAGUCGAGCACGUCUCGUCGGUCGCCAUGGCCGACUUGAAAUCCAUAGCCGAGUGUAUGAUCUCCUCCGGCUACGCCAAAGAGUGCGUUCACAUCUACAAGAUUAUCAGAAAAUCGAUCAUCGACGAGGGAAUGUACAAGCUAGGAGUUGAGAGAUUGAGCUCUUCGCAGAUCCACAAGAUGGACAGGGAGGUUCUGGAUCUGAGAAUCAGGAGCUGGUUGAAUGCGGUGAAGAUGUCAAUCUCCACGCUCUUCAAAGGAGAGCGAAUCCUGUGCGAUCACGUGUUCGCAUCCUCCGCCUCCAUCAGAGAGUCUUGCUUCACGCACAUAUCUCGUGAAGCCGCGACUUUACUCUUCGGCUUCCCUCAAGUUCUCGUCGCCAAGAGCAAGAAAAGCUCGUCGUCUCUAGACGUGUUUCGUCUCCUCGAUAUGUACACUUCGAUCUCCGAGGCCUGGCCGGAGAUCGACUCCAUCUUCUCGUUCGAGUCCACCGCUGCCGUCCGAUCUCAGGCGCUCAACCCGCUCAUUAAACUCAGCGAGUCGGUCAGAUCAAUGCUUUCCGAUUUUGAGUCGACGAUCCAGAAAGACUCGUCGAAAUCGGUCGCUCAAGGAGGCGGCGUCCACGAUCUCACUCUCCGCGUGAUGAAUUACCUCUCUCUCCUUACAGACUACAGCAACGUCCUCGUCGACAUUGUCACCGACUGGCCUCCGCCCGCGAAAUCGUCGCUUCCAGAAUCGUACUUCGACAGCCCCCACUCUGAAGACGGUCAGGUGCCGGUGAUCUCCCUCCGCAUGGCCUGGCUCCUACUCGUCCUCCUCUGCAAGCUCGACGACAAGGCAAAGCACUACAAGGACGUUUCACUCUCGUACCUCUUCUUAGCGAACAAUCUCCAGUACAUGAUCUCGAAAGUCCGUACAUCGAAUCUCCAGUACCUUCUCGGCGAGGACUGGAUAUCGAAGCACGAAACAAAGGUGAGGCAAUUCGCAGAAAACUACGAGGGGUUGGCGUGGGGGAAAGUUUUCGCUUCAUUGCCGGAAAAUCCGACGGCCGAGAUUUCUCCGGAGGAAGCGAGACUGAUCUUCCGAAACUUCAAUUUCAGCUUCGAGGAAGCGCAUCGGAAACAGAGGACGAGUGUCGUACUGGACCGGAAACUCCGAGAAGAGAUGCAGGUGUCCAUAGCAAAAAAGCUGGUGUCGGCUUACAGGGAGUUUUACGACGCCCAUAGGCUGACGGUUGGGGGCGGGAGAAACGUGGCGUUGUAUGUCAGAUUUGCCCCUGAAGAUGUUGAAAAUCACUUGUCGGACCUGUUUUUCGGGGCCAUGGACUUGGAUGGUUCGUCGUCUCAUCGGCGGAGUUCGUUGAGACUUUAGAGCUACCUCUGAGGUGUUUUGCGGCGACUUUUUUGAAUUUACUCGCCGGGUUUUUGUUUGUGUGUAGAAACGCGCGAAUACGUCAAACAGUUGGAAUAAGUUAGUUGUGUAACGACUUUUUGAAAGACUCUGUUACUUGUACUUAUACAAUCACCCCUGUAUUUCUGUAAAUUCAAAUUUUGCCCCAUAUGUUCAUAUAUAUACUCCUUUC